CUACAGGUGACCCAGCUCCACAGCCACUCGGACGCCACCACCUUAGCUGCCAUCACCUCACACUGGAGGAGCUUCCUAAACAGGUGCCACCAUGCCAGUGAAGAAGUACCUGCUGAAGUGCCUGCACAGGUUGCAGAAGGGCCCAGGCUACACCUACAAGGAGCUGCUAGUGUGGUACUGCAAUAACACCAACACCCACGGCCCCAAACGCAUCAUCUGCGAGGGGCCCAAGAAGAAGGCCAUGUGGUUCCUGCUCACGCUGCUCUUCGCCUGCCUGGUGUGCUGGCAGUGGGGAGUCUUCAUCCAGACCUACCUGAGCUGGGAGGUCAGCGUCUCACUCUCCAUGGGCUUCAAGACGAUGAACUUCCCGGCAGUCACCGUCUGCAAUUCCAGCCCCUUCCAGUACUCCAAGGUCAAGCACUUGCUCAAGGACUUGGAUGAGCUAAUGGAGGCAGUCCUAGAAAAGAUUCUGGCUCCAGAGGCCAGCCACAGCAACACCACCAGGACCCUGAACUUUACCAUCUGGAACCACACACCCCUGGUCCUUAUUGAUGAGCGGAACCCUGACCACCCAGUGGUUCUCAACCUGUUUGGGGACAGCCACAACAGCAGCAACCCAGCUCCAGGAAGCACCUGCAAUGCUCAGGGAUGCAAAGUGGCCAUGAGGCUGUGCAGUGCCAAUGGAAGCGUGUGUACCUUGCGGAACUUCACCAGUGCCACCCAGGCCGUAACUGAGUGGUACAUCCUGCAGGCCACCAACAUCUUCUCACAAGUGCUUCCUCAGGACCUGGUGGGGAUGGGCUAUGCUCCUGAUCGCAUAAUCCUAGCCUGCCUGUUUGGAACAGAGCCCUGCAGUCAUCGGAACUUCACGCCUAUCUUCUACCCUGAUUAUGGCAACUGCUACAUCUUCAACUGGGGCAUGACAGAGAAGACACUUCCUUCUGCCAACCCUGGGACUGAAUUUGGUCUCAAGCUGAUCCUGGACAUCGGUCAGGAGGACUAUGUCCCCUUCCUUGCGUCCACAGCAGGGGCUAGGCUGAUGCUUCACGAGCAGAGGACGUACCCCUUCAUUAGAGAGGAGGGCAUCUAUGCCAUGGCAGGAACUGAGACGUCUAUUGGGGUGCUGGUGGACAAGCUGCAACACAAGGGGGAGCCCUACAGUCCCUGCACCAUGAACGGCUCCGAUGUUGCCAUAAAGAACCUGUACAGUGUCUACAACACCACCUAUUCCAUCCAGGCCUGUCUUCAUUCCUGUUUCCAAGACCACAUGAUCCGUAACUGCAGUUGUGGCCACUACUUGUACCCACUGCCUGAAGGGGAGAAAUACUGCAACAACAGGGACUUCCCAGACUGGGCCUAUUGCUAUCUAAACCUGCAGAUGAGUGUGACCCAGAGAGAGACCUGCCUCAGCAUGUGCAAGGAAUCCUGCAACAGGGCUUGCUGUGAAUACCCUAUGCUCUCAACUCAAGGCUCAGACUUCUGCAAGGAUUGGAUCUUACAUGUCCUGUCUCAGGAGAGGGACCAGAGCUCGAAUAUCACCCUGAGCAGGAAGGGUAUUGUCAAGCUCAAUAUCUACUUCCAAGAGUUCAACUACCGUACCAUUGAGGAAUCGCCGGCCAACAAUAUUGUGUGGCUGCUCUCUAACCUGGGGGGCCAGUUUGGCUUCUGGAUGGGGGGCUCGGUGCUGUGCCUCAUUGAGUUUGGGGAGAUCAUCAUCGACUUCAUUUGGAUCACCAUCAUCAAGCUGGUGGCCUCCUGCAAAGGCCUGCGCAGGAGGCGGCCACAGGCACCCUACACUGGCCCACCGCCCACUGUGGCUGAGCUGGUGGAGGCCCACACCAACUUUGGCUUCCAGCCUGACACAAACAGCUGCAGGCCCCACGGGGAGGUCUACCCUGACCAACAGACUCUGCCCAUCCCGGGGACUCCACCCCCCAACUAUGACUCCCUGAGGCUGCAGCCGCUGGACACCAUGGAGUCGGACAGUGAGGUGGAGGCCAUCUAGAUCCCCACCCCCACCCAGCAACUAGUGAACUCAAAACUGAAGAGUUACAACCAUUGCCAGUGCCUCGUUUUAUUAGGCCUUGUCCAAAGAGCCGAGCCAGAGCCCAUGUCUGGUCAGCUCCAGGCUGCAGGGUUCGUAGGGUCAGAUGCUGGCUCCAGAAUACGGAACUUGUAUCCUUUUCUGGCUCUUGCCUACCCUACCCAGUAUUUGCUCUCUGUUGACCUAGCACACGGGGUCCAGAGAUGGCUAGAGUCCCUCUCCUGGUGAUAGGCCACUUUCCUGUCUGUUACCACCUCAGACUCCCAUAAUCCUUGCCCUAGUUGCCAUCGGCUGACCUCGGUUAACAGACUUGGGGGCGGGGAGGUGCAGAUCAUAGGGAGAUCAGGUAAGAAGGCUUGACAGGGGAACACAUGCUUUGUUAGAAAAUAAAGAGAGAAAACACUCAAUGGAGGUUUGUUCUUUAUCCCAAGUGCGUUCAAGCAGGUCAGAAAUCCUAGACUAGCCCCCUUCCAUGUUGUCCUCACAGCGUUGGCCCAAGGACCUAAACUGACUUCAGUAAAACCAGGCAUGGGGAUGGAGGGCAGAU